GAGGAGAGAGUAGCUGAGGCUCAAGCAGAAUCAUUCAAGGAACAAGGAAACGCAUACUAUGCCAAGAAAGAUUACAAUGAAGCGUACAACUAUUACACAAAAGCCAUAGAUACCUGUCCUAAUAAUGCCAGUUAUUAUGGUAACAGAGCUGCCACACUCAUGAUGUUGGGGAGAUUCCGAGAAGCCCUUGGAGAUGCUCAACAGUCUGUCAGAUUGGAUGAUAGCUUUGUAAGGGGCCAUCUACGGGAAGGGAAGUGCCACCUUUCCCUAGGGAACGCCAUGGCUGCCAGCCGCUGCUUUCAACGAGUUUUAGAACUGGAUCAUAAGAAUACCCAGGCGCAGCAAGAGCUGAAGAAUGCCAGUACUGUGCUUGAGUAUGAAAAAAUAGCUGAAGUGGAUUUUGAGAAACGGGAUUUCCGGAAGGUUGUAUUUUGCAUGGAUCGUGCUUUGGAGUUUGCUCCUGCUUGUCACCGAUUCAAAAUCCUCAAGGCGGAAUGUUUAGCGUUACUGGGUCGCUACCCAGAAGCACAGUCUGUAGCCAGUGACAUCUUACGAAUGGACUCAACAAAUGCAGACGCUCUGUAUGUCCGUGGUCUCUGCCUUUACUAUGAGGACUGUAUUGAGAAGGCAGUGCAGUUCUUUGUCCAAGCACUCAGAAUGGCUCCUGAUCACGAGAAAGCGUGUCUCGCCUGCCGUAAUGCCAAAGCACUUAAAGCAAAGAAAGAAGAUGGGAAUAAAGCAUUCAAAGAAGGAAACUACAAACUAGCAUAUGAACUAUACACAGAGGCACUAGGAAUAGAUCCCAAUAACAUAAAAACAAAUGCCAAACUCUACUGCAACCGAGGAACAGUUAAUUCAAAGCUUAGGAAACUUGAAGAAGCAAUAGAUGACUGCACGAAUGCGGUAAAACUGGAUGACACGUAUAUCAAAGCAUACUUGAGGAGAGCACAAUGUUACAUGGACACAGAACAGUAUGAAGAUGCUGUAAGAGACUAUGAAAAGGUUUAUCAGACAGAAAAAACGAAAGAACACAAGCAACUUCUAAAGAACGCACAGGUGGAACUGAAAAAGAGCAAACGGAAAGACUACUAUAAAAUCCUUGGGGUUGACAAAAACGCCUCUGAAGAUGAGAUCAAGAAGGCUUACAGGAAAAGAGCACUAAUGCAUCAUCCAGACCGACACAGUGGGGCGAGUGCAGAAGUACAGAAGGAAGAGGAGAAGAAAUUUAAGGAGGUUGGUGAAGCCUUUACCAUCCUGUCAGAUCCCAAGAAGAAGGCCCGCUACGACAGCGGGCAGGAUCUAGAAGAGGAUGGAUUGAACAUGGGAGACUUUGAUGCAAAUAACAUCUUCAAGGCCUUCUUUGGAGGGCCGGGCGGCUUCAGUUUUGAAGCUUCUGGGCCUGGAAAUUUCUUUUUCCAGUUUGGCUAAAAAACAAAACAAAACAAAACACGCGUACCUGAUCUGCUUAUUUUAACCUUGAAUACGGACAUACGUAGACUCCUUCCUUCAUCAUGUCUCAUUGUACUUAGAGCAGUUUCAUUUUUCUCGGUUGGAGACCUCUGUUUUGUGUGCUCUUGUGUGUGAAGAGGAAACCAGCUCGGGGAGGGGAAGGCUUGUGAAUUUUGUUUUACUGUUAACUUUAUUAAAAAAAAAAAAAAAUAAAGCUUUGAAUCUUUUGGUCCCU